AUGAUCUCUCAUCUUAUUCCAGAGAGUUUCAGUCUGAAGAAAGAGAAGGUCCACGUGGACUUUGAGUGUCCAGAGAGCAGCCCGACAGAGGUUGUGUCCGCCAUCGACCAGCCGCCUCCACAGGUCCGGGCGGCAGAUGGAGACCCCAGAGGUCUUUUAUGGGUUCUGGAUGAAGAGAUGGUCACACCAGCCUCCAGUGAGAACAGCGCCCUGGAGAGAGUCUGCCAGUAUUACAGCAGUGCUGUACGUCAGUGUGAGCAGCCGCUGCAGUGCGAGGUGAACCACCUGAUGGGCCGUGACCCUGUCCGCUACGACCUGACUGGAUGGUUCGGUAUGAUCCAGAACAACCCGUCUGCUUCCAACGCCAUCUGUCUGCUGCAAAACUCCACCAUAGGGGUGUUGAAGGCCAUGUUCACCCCCACAGUCAAUGUGCCCCCUAUGUGCCGAGGUGUGGGGGGGCUGGAGGGCAGCAGCCAGCGCUCCCUGCAGAGGAACGGCACCAUCAGGAAAACCUUCAGCGGGGGAAUGGCGGCCAUACGCAGACACUCCCAAUGUAUCGCAGUCAAACUACAGGCUGACGCUCUGGUGAAUCUGAUUCGUCGAGCCAGGCCAGUGUUCCUGCAGUGUGUGAGUGCAAAGACAGACAGUGGAAGUUUUGAUGUGCCGGCUCUCAAAGUGCAGCUGCAGUCCACACAGAUCCUGUCAUCCCUGCAACUCUACCGCACAGGUUAUCCGGAGCACAUGACCCUGAGUGACUUCAGGUGUCACUUCCAGGCUUUAUCUCCUCCAAUCAUGAAACGUUACGCCUCCAUGUUUGUCAACCACGACGAAAGAAAGGCGGUGGAGGAGCUGCUGGUCGAGUUGGAUCUGGAGAAGAAGAGCGUUGUGGUCGGAGACAGCAGGGUGUUCAUGAAGCGAGGUGUGCUGCGUUACCUGGAGCAGCAGAGGGAUCAGCAGGUCACCGGCUGGCUCGUUUAUCUGCAGGCGUCCUGCAUGGGACACCAGGCCCGCCAGAAAUACCGAAAACUCAAGGUGCAGCAGAUGGCAGUCAGGUGUCUGCAGAGGAACCUGAGGGCUCUGAGGAUCGUUGCCAAGUGGAGCUGGUGGAAACUUUUCUGCCGAGUCCGUCCAAUGCUGGACGUCAACAUGGACAACGAGAGGCUCAGAGCCAAAGAGGAUGAGAUAUCAGCUCUGAGACGCCGCCUGGAGAAAUCAGAGAAAGAGAGGAAUGAUCUGAGGCAGGCUGCAGACAGCCUGGAGACCAAGGUUACGGCCGUGACAUCUGAGCUAAGCGAUGAGCGUUUCCGUGGCGACGCAGUGGGUCAGGCUCUAGACGUGGAGAGGACAGAGAGGCUUCGGCUCAGCAGGGAGAACAAAGACCUGCAGGCUCGUCUAGACCAGUGUAAAGUCGCCAUGGAAACGCUGGAGAAGCAGCUGGAGGAGGAGAAACAGAAAGUCCAGAUCGCUGAGAGUCAGAGAGGAGCAGCGACAGAGAGCGAGCUGGCCAUGCAGCUGGAGUGCUGCCAGACGGAGGUUGAGUUCGUCCGCAGACGGCUGAAGCAGACGGAGGAGAAACUGGAGGCAGAGAGAGAAACACGACAACAGCUCGAUACCAAGGUGGCCGCCCUGCAGACCCAGCUGGAGCAGUCCAGGAGGAGUGUGACAGAACUGAAACGACACGGCCGCCGCGUGACCUCUGACCUGCAGGAUGCUCGAGUCCUCACCGACAGCCUGCAGAGCCGCAUGCACGAACUGGACCGCAAACAGAGGAGGUUUGACAGCGAGUUGACUCAAGCCCUGGAGGAAGCCGACAAUGAGCGAGAGCAAAAGGACAAAGUCUUCCAGGAAAACAUCGCUCUGGGAGCUGAAAUAUACUCGCUGCGCCACAACCUGCAGGAGAGCCAGUCAGAGGUGGGCCGUCUGCAGAAACAGAAGGAGGAGUUGUGCGCUCAGAUCCGUGACCUCAGCCUGCCGGUUGAUCUUGCCACGGAUUCGUUACCUGACCUCAAGAAACAGCUUCGCCUCCUGGAGGGCCAAGCUAGCGAGAGAGCGGAGGAAGUCAUCAAGCUCACUGCCAACAUACAACAGCAGCAACAGAUCCACAUGCGUUUUGAGAUGGAAAUGGAGAGGAUGAAGCAGAUCCAUCAGAAAGAGUUGGAGGAUAAAGAAGAGGAGUUAGAGGAUGUACACAAGUCUUCUCAGAGAAGGCUGAGGCAGUUGGAGAUGCAGUUGGAGCAAGAGUACGAGGAGAAACAGAUGGUAAUUCAUGAAAAGCACGACCUGGAAGGACUCAUCGCAACUCUGUGUGACCAGGUAGGGCACAGAGACUUUGAUGUGGAGAAGAAGCUGAGGAGAGAUCUGAAGAGGACUCAUGCUCUGCUGGCUGACGCCCAGCUGCUGCUCACCACCGUCGACAGUCCGGGACAGAAUCUCCCCAACGGUAGCAAGGAGCAGAUCGAACGCCUGCACUGCCAGCUUGAGGAGUGCGAAGCGAGGCGGCUCGAGGCUGAGAACAUCCAGACGACACUCUCCCAGGAGCUGGACAACACUCAGAAUGAACUGGAGAAUAUCUGCAAACAGAAGAGUAUGGUGGAUGAGCAGUUGGCCCUGCUGCAGCAUGAGAAGGUGGACCUGCUGAAGAGGCUCGAGGAGGACCAGGAAGACCUCAAUGAGCUCAUGAAGAAGCACAAAGCGCUCAUAGCACAGUCCUCCAACGAUAUCUCUCAGAUCAGAGAGCUACAAGCUGAACUAGAGGAGGUGAAGAAACAGAGACACUCUCUUCAGGAGGAGUCCUUUUUCCUUCCUUCCUUCCCUCCUUCCUUCCUUCCUCCCUCCUUUGCUUCCUUCUUCCUUCCUCCUUCCUCCCUCCUUUCCUUCCUUCUUCCUCCCUCCUUUCCUUCCUUCUUCCUCCUUUCCUUCCUUGACUCGAGGACAACAGGAGGGUUAAUCUGGUUUGUUUGUUUGUUUCAUUUGCAGGAGAUGCAGGUGGAGGAGCUCUCGGCCGUCAGACAGACAUUACAGGCGGAUCUGGAGACGUCCAUCCGCCGCAUCGUGGAUCUGCAGGCGGCUCUGGAGGAAGUGGAGUCGAGCGAUGAGAGCGACACUGAGAGCGUUCAAACUGCUGUGGAGUCCCUGACUCGAAAGAGAGACCUUGACUCUGUGUCCAGCGUCGGCUCCAUCGGGACGGAGGACGUUGGGGAGGGGAUUCGACACUGGCUGGGCGUUCCUAGAGGAGGGUCCCGUGGAGGCGCCUCCACAUACAGCGGCAGUACCAUCAGCGGCCACGGGGGGCGCCAGUCUGUCACUGACACCAUGAGCAACUACAGCUUCCGGUCUUGCAUAGACCCUGAUGAUGACGGCUCUGAGGCUCCCCGAGCUCCCAGCCGAGCCCCGUCCUCCUCGGCUCUGUCCGAACUGCUGGACGGACUCCGUAAGCGCAGAGCCGGCGCCGAUGCUGCAGACGGAACCGGCAGCACCAUCUCCCUCCCCGUCUAUCAAACCACCAGCGCUUCAGCCCUCAGACGCAGAGCCUCUGCGCUCUCUCUCAGUCCGGAAAACCGGCAGGAGCCCCGACCCGGCCCCAGCAUCCUCAAACCGCCAUCUCCUCUUCUGCCACGCGCCGCCAGCGCUCGCUCCAUCAGCGAUUCUCAGACGUCUGCGGCUGCAGCCAAACUGUCUCGCUUCAACUCCAGCGACUCCCUGUCCUCCCUGCCGUCCCUGCCGCGCCUCUCCUCCAUCACGGCCUCCAACGUCGCUCGCCACCCGCCUCCCUCCCUGUCCAUCCCUGAGGAGGACUCGGAGGAGCCGCUGCGCUCCCUCGCCACCGCCAAGCAGCGCUCCCCUCAGGCGCCGAGGAGGUGCAUGCUGGGCAGUUUAGUCUCAGAGGACGGAGGGGAAGGCUCUCUGGGCUCAGAACCAAUGGUCUUCCAAAACCGCCGUCUGACUGGCGAUAACGGCCACGACGACGCAGCGUCCGACAUCCUGCCAGCGAUCCGCAGAGCUCAGUCCACCAGCAGCCUGGCCGGCUCCGUCAGAGGAGGCAGGAGAGCGCUGAGCGUCCACUUCGGGGAGCUGCCCCCCUCCACCCGCAGCAGGAAGAGCUCCGAGACGGACUCGUCCAGCUCGGGAGGAAGUUCUCAGAGUGGACGGCCGAGACGAAGGUUGGACAGACCGCAGGGGGAGAGACUGGAGGCGGAGGGCAGCGAGGGAGGAGACGUGGCCUCCGUCAUGAAGAGAUACCUGAAGAAGGAGAUAGACUGAGUAAGCUUCUUCGUCCGCGUCCAGCUGUGAGCUUCACACACACAGACUGAGUCCCGUUGGAGCAGCGGUCAACACUGAAUGAGAUACUUCUAAAAUAUUGUGUCUCUACUCUCACAUCAUAUUGAUAUUAAAUUUAAAAAACAACAACACUGAAAUACAUUUAGUCCAAUCCACAAGCACUCAGUCAAACUGUGUUUUCAGAAAAAGUAAUGUUUGUAUACGAAUAAAAAAAUGA